AUGCCGUCCAAGAACUCUAUCAACAGACCCAAGCAAAAGAUCAACCUUAACAGGAAAGUGCAUUCCUUAAGCAAGAAAAGAACGGAGAGAGAAAGAGCUGGUCUGCUAAAACCUGCUAGAUCGCAUGAAACGUCAAAGUCUGGUCAGAUAAAGUCGGUAGCGAUCGAUCUUUAUAAAGGUGAACUACCUUCAACGGGUCCUAUCACCAAUAAGACACUAUCCAAGAAGAGAGCGAAGAAGAUCGAAAGAAAUUUGAAAUACAUUGAGCAGAGAAAGCUACUAGUAGAUGUUCAAAAGAAAUACGAGGACGGAAUGGAAGUUGACAGUACUGCAGCUUUAACGAAGAGUAAGGCUCCUAAAAAGACACAAAUUGCUAAAGUGAAGGACGCUUUGUUCCAAGCUUUGGAGGAUACCACAAGUACUGGUCUAGUGCUAGAAAACGGUAGCGGCACUACUCUAGGUGGGCCUUUCUUUCCUUAA